AAAAAAAUGGCAAGUAGCUACGGAUGAUGUUGGAUUUCCCUUGAGCGAAUCUAAGCCCCAGGAGCUCAGAUCUCAGUUACUCCGAUGUCAGAGCGGGCGAUCCUCGAGCGAGAGUCAGAGAGCUAGCGAGGUUCCCUGGGCCGCCGGAACCGGGCCGGUUAGAAGAAGGGGAUACCUCUGCAGGAUGUCGGAGGCGGUGGAACCGCCGGACUGGCUGCCGGAUGGAUGGAUCAUGGAGGUCAGGAAGGGGAAAAUGGGGCGCGUCUAUCGGUAUUACACAUGUCCUAUAUCUGAAUUCACGUUCUGCUCAAGGGAAGAAGCUAUCCGCUAUCUUAUGAAUGCAAGAUCUGAGAAGCUCGUCAAUGUUAAACCUGAGACGGAUUCAUCUAAAAUUAAAAAAUGUUUAAAAAUGACAAACCACAAAAAUGAGAAUGAAGUAAAACAUUCACCUGUGUGGCCUCGAGGAUGGGUAGUAGAGCUUAGAGUUCGAAAAGUUGGUGGAAAAGAUGAAGAGAAAUACAAGCGCUAUAUACAUCGUUCUACUGGAUCUAUUUUCUAUUCCAAGGAAGAAGUACUUCAGUUUCUUGAGGUGGAGAAUAUAUGUGACAACUUGAUCUCCACUUACAACGGGUACCUUAAGACAGAAAACUACAAGACAGAAUCCAAUGACCUUAUCCUAUCACGAGUUGAAUAUUCUCCUACCCAGUUACCUGAUGGAUGGAUUAAGGAAGUCAAAUUCAGAAGGAACCCAGAAAGCAAAAAGAAAUUUAGGCAGGACCCAUAUUACACUGAUCCUCAAAGUGGUUAUGUGUUUCGAACAUGUAAGGAUUGCUUCCUCUUUCAUGAGCAUGGUGUACUAAGUAGAUAUGCAUUCAAGCCAAGAAGAAAUAAUGUCUACGCCAUCCUUGGGUUUGAAGGGCCUUCUACUGAUUCAGCUUCACCCAAGAGACUAAAAUUCGAGGAAGAUAGUUGACAGGGAGAGAUGCUGAUCAACACAUCAAAUUUGUGAGUUCCAGGUUUGAGUAGAAAACUGAGGAACUCUAGAACGGAAUGAACUUUCAGUACCGAGGGAUACACGUUAAUUUAUUUCAGUAUAAGAGCUCCAUUUGUACAAGAUUUUGCUAAUUGCUUAAUGUUAUUGCAGUACCGCGUGACUAGAUGCCUGGAUUGAUUGUGUUGUAUCUGCUCAUUCUCAUUGUAAGUUAUAUUUAUUUGGGAACAAAUAGCGAAUUUGCAUAAACUGUUUUUCAUACUAUUCUAAUAAACGCGUAUUUAUUUAUUUA